AUGUCGGAAGUUGAGCCUCAGACUCCUACGAAGAGACAAAAGGUUGGAUUUGGUGUUAUUUUUGGUUGGAUUGUUUCGUUCUUAAUCUCUGGUACCUGCUCCCUAAUCUUUGGAAAGUUGCUAUAUCAGACGCAAUCAAUUGGAAGAGAUGGUCAGUACCACCAUUUUGAAAAGCCUUGGUUCUCGAAUUUCAUCAUGUUCCUUGGCAUGUCCUUCCUUUUCUUCAAGUUUGAAAUUAAUGCCUGCGCAAACGAUCGCAAGAUCGCGAAAAAUCCGGAGCUUGCCGACAAGAUCCUGAACGAGGACAAUAAGCGUCCUCAGAAGAGUGUGUAUUACAAGGUCCUUUAUCCCGCUUUUUGCGACUUUUUGGCCUCUUUCAUUAUGUUUGUUGGGUUGCUGUGGAUCCCUGUAUCCAUUUGGCAGAUGAUCCGUGGCUCGAUUAUUCUUUUUACGGGUCUCAUUCGUCAGUACUGGCUGAAAAAGCCUUUGAACAAGUCGGAAUGGACCUCUCUGUUCAUCAUUUUCUUCUCCCUCAUUCUGGUCGGAGCCGCGAGCAUCUUCAGUGAGGACACCAGCGCGUCCGAGCCUGUCUCCGCGGGUCUGAAGAUCCUCGGCAUGUUCCUCGUGUUCAUCGCGCAGGGCAUCCAAGCCCUCCAGACCGUCAUCGAGGAGCACCUUCUGCAGGGCAUCGAGGCCCCUGCGACGAUGGUCGUGGGCAUGGAGGGCGUCUGGGGCUUCCUGCUGACGGCCUGCGUGGCGCUGCCGAUCGCGAGCAUUCUGCCCGGCGAGGAGGGCCAGGGCCUGCACGAAGACUUCAUCGACAGUCUGAUUAUGUGCAAGAACAGCAUGACGGUGCUGACGCUGAACGUGCUGUCCGUGGUGGUGCUGCUGGUCUUCAAUCUGAGCUCGAUGCGAGUGACGCUGUAUACCAACUCGCUGGUGCGAAACCUGAUGGAGCCGGUGCGAACGUUCCUGGUGUGGGUGACGACGGUGCUGAUCCAUUGCUUCUGGCCCGCAUUCGGAGAGGGCCUGACGAAGUGGUCGUGGCUGCAGCUGGCGGGAUUCGUGGUGCUGUCGCUGGGAAUGCUCAUGUUCAACGGCACGAUCAAGCUCUUCAAGGAGGAGAAGAAGGAGGAGGAGAAGCCGAUUAUCGAUGCGGAGCAGAACGCCGCUGCCGCUGCGUAGGAGAAGAAGGAGGACUGAUGGA